AUGGUCUCUCAAAAAGCUGCGCGGAAAGAAGACUUCGUCUUCGGCGCAUACAACGGACACGUCUUCUGUGGUUUGUACGACAUGGACCUCAUGACUGAAGACUUCAGAUUAUUGACAAAUGCCAGGAAGCUCAAAAGACAGCAUGAGGGAGCCCUGAGCCAGCAGAACAUAUCAACCUCCACAGGUUUCGCGCCAGACGGCUACGAGUACAAGGUGGCAAACUUCGGUAAGAUGGAUUCUGAGAGGAUAGAUCCAGCAGACAAGUGGCCCAAGGCAGUAAAGAGCCAGUUCGCUGCAUACGGAAACGAAAGGUUGCUGUAUGGCCCCAGAGACCCGUCCCACACGCAUCCAGAGAACGAGCCAUAUAUCGAAACGGUCAAGGAACGCAGGAUCACCGCCUGGAACACUGAAAGGAUUUACCCGCUGGAUCCAAUGACAGGCGCCCUGCUGCAAUAUCCCAUUCAAAGAAAAGCUGGUAGCACAGACGCCAACCGCAAAUUUAGCCGUAAGAGAAUGGGCCCGUUCGUCAUCCAGCAGAAAAUCGGCAAACUGGCAUACGAACUGGACCUCCUACAGAGCUUCAAGAUCCUUAAACGACACAUGUGGGGAGUUGAAGCUAUCGUCCGGAUGUAG